CUGGCAUCAGCAGUUGAAUCGAACAACAUUGUCUACUUUACACGUGCGCCUUCCACAACUGCACCACUGACUGUUGAAUGGGUUACGAGUCCACGUUCGUGGCGUCCACCACCGGACCCAAACGCGAACCAGCCUGAAUGGGUCGAAACUACAACAACCGAAUCGCCAUCGAGAGUGAUCAACGGGUGUGAAAUAAGCGAUGACUGCCAUUUCAGCUACGAGCAAGACCUUCUCUGUGCUCAUCCUAGCGAUCCUUCACGAUACCUUCAAUGCACGCCGAUGAUUGGAAGGCGAGGCCGUUGGAUCGAGAGAAAUUGUCCGCCAUCGUUAAUUUUCAUUCAAUCCUAUGCAGCCUGUGGAAGGGAUGUAUUUAUUGACAUGGCUCCGCCUGAGAUCGAUCCACCAUUCCCACGCGUUCAACCAUACUUUCUUUUGCCAUUUGCUAAACAACGUGAUGACUCCACAGAAGGCGAUUUCAUGACUGGAUUCAUCAAACCAGUUAUCAAAAAGGUAACCCUGCCU